UUUUCUGUCCUCCAGACGUCCCACAGCAGCCUGUCUGUGAGGAGGAGGAGGAGGAGGAGGUUCUCCUUGAGCAGCAGCUCUGGAACCAGGAGAGGAGCUCCAGUGUGGAGCAGGAGGAACCAGAAGCUCCACAGAUUAAAGAGGAAGAGGAGGAACUGUGCAGCAGUCAGCAGGGAGAGCAGCUGGGACUGAAGGAGGAGACGGACACCUUCAUGGUGACUGUUGCUGAGGAAGGAGAGCAUAGACCAAACAUGGAGCAGCUCCUCUGUCACAGCUCUGCUGUAGAUCAUGGAGAAAGCAGGAACGUUGAUUCAACUAGAAAAAAAGUGUUACACAGUGUGACACAUCUUAGGAACAAAAGUCACAAUAACGGUGUAGACCCCCACAUGUCAGAGAUGCAGUGCAACACUGACACAGUGAAAAAGCUCGAAACAUGUGAUGUUUGUGGCAAAGCCUUUAAGAGAAGGUCCCGAAUGAAGGACCACUACAGGACCCACACAGGUGAGAAGCCUCAUUCUUGCAAAAUGUGUGGAAAAAGCUUCACUCAGAGGAGCGCUUUGACUGUCCACAUGAGAAUCCACACAGGCGAGAGGCCGUAUCCCUGUAAGACCUGCGGGAAAAUGUUCACGUACAGUAGCAUUUUGUUGGCACACAUAAGAACUCAUACAGGUGAGAAGCCGUACCACUGUAAAAUAUGUGGGAAAGUGUUCACGUACAGCAGCCAUUUGUGGCGCCACAUGAAAAGUCACCCAGGUGAGAAGACGUAGUUUUCAAAGUUUAUUAAAGGAAACUGUGAAAGUCAGGAAAUAUUAAGUGUUUGCUGUGUACGACUGGAUCACUGGUAACUACUGCUGAAUCAGAGUGAGUGUAUGAGAGUAGAUUUUUAUGUGUAGCAGCACAGGAGAAAGAAGUAAUGCUUGUGUCAAACAGACAUUGAUGGUCCUCACAGAGCAGUUUUGAAA